GAAGGAGUGUCCACUUUUCUUUUUUCUAGGGACGUAGCUAGGCUAGUAUCGAACACUUCGACCUCAGUGUGUUUAACCAACCACAAGUCAACACAUUUCAUGACGCUUUGUCAGUUAGGCAGCGAGUACUAGAAAGUAAGUGCACUUCUUCUGACAGCAGCAGGAGGCGGCUUGUGAGGAACUAGCUGAAACGAGUUUACCCGCAUGAAACUACCGCAGUGAGACGUGUAACGAUGGAUAUUACCAACACUGACAUUUUGACAGAAUAGCAAGCUAGGCUAGGUUGCCCUCCGCCAUAAGGACAUGGCUCUUUUUUAGCUGAGAGUGUUGCUUACCAAAGAUUUGUAUAAUUAACGGUCAACCCUGUGCUGCAUUUGUGAACCGCCUCAGGAUGCGUUUCAAUGAGAAGGAACUCAUUUCGUUGAGUCGCCAACCAUCUGAGAGGGCAGCGGAACUUGGCAUGCGAGGACCGAAGAAAGGAGAUGUUGUAAAGAAGAGGUUGGUGAAGCUGGUGGUUAAUUUCCUGUUCUACUUCCGAACUGAUGAGGAGGAGCCUCAGGGUGCCUUGUUGCUAGAGCAGUGUCGGGUAGAAAGAGAGGACAGCCAAGCCUUCUCUAUCACUUUUCUAGAUGAGGCAGAGAGGAAGUACCUGUUUGAGUGUGACUCCCAGGAGCAGUGUCAGGAGUGGAUUGACUCCAUCAUCAAGGCCAGUUAUGAGUUCAUGAGGAAGAACUUGAUCUUCUAUCGCACAGAGAUCCACCGGCUGACCGGCAAGGACCCUCUGGAGCAGUAUGGUAUUGAAGAUGAGACGCGCUUCCAGGUCACUAGUGGCCUACAGCUCAUGCCUAAAGACAUUUAAGAUGUACUGUAGCCCCUGCCUACCUAUGAUGGACUAGUCACACCAACCACAUCCCUUAGCAUCUCAAUAUUAUAGUGGUCUUUUCUUGCGAGAGAGUUCAACCUAGGUAAAUGGGAAAGCCUUUUAUAUUUUAGAUUAAUUGUUUGUCUGUUUUUAUGUUUGUUGUAAUGAUAUGGCCUCCUAUAUCCAGGUACUGUACAACUCUUUCACGGGCUACUGCAGUGAUAUUCAAACUUUUUACUCAAUUUUUUUCCCGACAGAAUUUCUGGGGACCACAUUUUUUCCCCUACAAUAUUAACUUUGACCCUUCUGUCACCUGCUGUACAUUUAGUCAUUUCACUCAUUGACUUGGCUGGCUGUGUGAUUCUCAUUUCCUAUAUAUGUAGAUAUGUUUUUUUUUACAAUGGUUUUCUAGUGUAAGAAGCUGUGUUCUUAGUACAAUGUGACGACUGUAAAGCUGUCAGCCUUUGAAUGUGCAGAGGUUUUUGACUUCUUGAACCCCCCCCCCCCCCCCCCCC